UCUAAUUCUUUCUGCCGACGACGAAUUCCAUCUUUACCUCUUCGGUGUCUACUUUUACAUACUUAUAAUGAUAGACGAACGAAGAGAGAGAAAGAGAGAGAGAGAGAGAGGCGACAAAGCAAAGAUCAAGAGAGAACAACUGACCCGAAGCGGAUCCAUCGCGAGUAAAACGGAGAGACACUCGGUUCGGUUUGGUGAUAGCCAGGUCCCCGGCCCCCCCCCACCACUGGGUUCCACGGUUUCGAAUCCCUGCAGGGGGCCCGAAUACCCCCACUAUCGUCUACCGGCUGCGGUAGAAGAGACCUCGUGGUCCCCGACCAACGAGAUCGUGGAACAACGAGUCCGCCCUUGCACCCUCGACGGAAGUCGGCACCACUACCCUGAAGGCGAAGCUCGCGUUCGUACCCCCACCGUGUCGCGUUUCGUGUCACCGUAACUCGUUCAACGGACCACCGUCUUACUUGACUCCUUCCGCUCCUUUACGUCCGUCUCUGCUCCUCUUUGUACCGUUGCCCCACCAUAUUCAGGGACUGCCGGGGGCAAUUGGGUGGCAUCCGGGGGGAGGGGGGGCCAUUUAAAGCCGCUGGGGGGCCGGUGCUCGAUGAGUCACUAUAUAAGACGGGCAAGGACAAGAAGGUGUAUGUUAGUAUACACUCAAUCUUCCCGUGGCUCGCAACGAUUCACGAAGUAGCGAGCGCCGGUGAAUUCGGUUGCGGUUGUGACCGACUUUUUCUCUCUUUCUCUCUCUCUCUCUCUCUCUCUUCCCUUUUUCUCUCUCUCUCUCUCUCUUCUCUUUCCCGCCUCCGAUCCUUUCUAUUUUUCUUUUUUUUAUUCUCUUUUUUUUUCCUUUCAUGUCUGAGUGUUGUUCCAUUAAAUAAUCGCUCAGCUCUCUUUCUCUUUCCUCCCUCUUUCGGUGUGUCUCUCUCUCUCUCUCUCUCCUCUGCGCCCUUCCCUCCGCUUUCAUUGACUCUCCCGCCACGUUUCUUCCCCUAGCGCGUAAGAACGCGGCGAGCGCCGUUUAUCACCUGUGCGUGCACGUCUCUUUUUUUUCUCCCCUUCCCUGUUCUUAUUCUACUCGUUGCUCGUGCUAAUCGGCACGAAUCCGCGGCUCCUCUCCGCGAGAGAUUUCACUCUUCCCUGAAUUUUCGGCGUUGUCGUCCCGGUCGUUGCGUAAUUGUUACAACUCUGAAUAUUCGGCGUCGAAUAAGUCGUUCUUCUUCUUCUUCUUCUUCUUCUUCUUUUUCUUUUUUUUUUUCCUUUUCUUUUUUGGUAAAUUGCUCCAAUUAUCCUCUCUCGUAUACACGCGCGCACGCGCGCACUCACGAGCGUACACGCGCGCACACACGCGCGCGCUCUCCUUCCCACCCCCCUCUCCACCCGUGUAUUCCCCUCCAGAUUAUGCCCCACCAGCCUAGUCAGAUUUGAUACUUAAAGCCGCGAAUUUCGGAAGCAUCGUUUCGAGUAGGAAAAUUGUGUUCGAAGUAUCGGACCGUGGUACUUUCUGUUCGUGCGAAAGGAGAUAGGACGGAGAAAAAUUUAGAAAGAACGAACGAACAAACAACAGAAGGAAAGAAAGAAACAAACAAACAAGCAAACAAACAAAGAGAGAGAAAGAAGAAAGGAGCGUAGAAAGCGAAAGGGAAAGGGAACAAGCGCGAGAGUGUUGACGGAGUUAGAAGGAAGAGAAAGAGGCAACAGGUGGUGAUACCGCGACCGGAGAAAGGAGAGAGGAAAGCAAAGAGAAAGAGGAAGCGUAGGAAGUAAGCGGCGAAGGUUAUUAUAACGUAAGAGUAAAAGAGUUGAAGAAAUCAAGGUGAGAAGAAAGCCUGAGAGAAAGUAAACGAGACCACCGGGGGGUUGGAAAUUGUUACGAAGCUACGAGAAAGAAAGAAAGAAAGAACGAGAGAGAGAGAGAAGAAGAAGAAGAAGAAAAAAAGAAAAACUAUCGAAGAAAUUCCUUGAAAUAUAUCAGAAGGAAGAACAAAAGAAGCACGGCUCUUUCUUUCUUUUGCGGAAGAUAGAAAAGUUCACGGCACCGUUGAUUGGAAACACAUAGUAGCGCGAUGUUAGUGGAACACGCGACACAAUGGGCUUGGCAAGUAAUGGGUGGUACGAGAAUCGAGGUCCUUUGCACGUUUCUCGUGUUCAUAGGUGCAUUAAUGAUAGCGAGGUGCUUGCAAUGGCUUAGGUAUGUGCGCGCUCUGCCUCCAGGGCCUUGGGGUCUACCCUUGUUCGGUUAUAUGCCAUUCUUGAAAAGCGACACUCACCUCCGGUACGGCGAACUGGCGAAAAAGUACGGCCCAAUGUUCAGUGCCCGGAUCGGUACGCAACUGGUGGUUGUUCUUAGCGAUCAUCGUACGAUUCGCGACACGUUUCGCCGGGAAGAGUUUACUGGCAGACCGCAUACCGAGUUCAUCAACAUCCUCGGCGGAUAUGGUAUUAUCAACACCGAAGGUGCCUUGUGGAAAGACCAAAGAAAAUUUCUUCACGAUAAGCUCAGAGGCUUCGGCAUGACCUAUAUGGGCAGUGGAAAGCAAAUUAUGGAAUCGAGAAUCAUGCGCGAGGUGAGGAUGUUCCUUCGUGGAUUGGCGUCGAAACCAGGCGUACCGACGAACGUUUCAGCCUCCCUUGGAAUGUCGAUCAGCAACGUUAUAUGCUCCAUCAUAAUGGGAGUGCGUUUCCAACAUGGCGACAAUAGGUUCAAACGAUUCAUGGAAUUGAUCGAGGAGGGUUUCAAGUUGUUCGGCAGCAUGGUCACCGUCAACUUCAUCCCCGUGUUGCGUCAUCUGCCCUGUCUCCAAAGGGUUCGCAACAAGAUAGCGGAGAACCGCGCGGAAAUGGCGGACUUCUUUCAAGAGGCGGUCGACCAGCAUCGGGCAACGUUCGACAAAAGCACCGUGCGAGACCUUGUCGACGCGUAUCUGCUCGAGAUCGAGAAAGCGAAGGGUGAAGGUCGCGCCACCACGCUCUUUCAAGGGAAGAAUCAUGAUCGACAGAUGCAACAAAUCCUUGGUGACUUGUUCUCCGCUGGUAUGGAAACGGUGAAGACCACGCUCGAAUGGGCGAUAAUCUUGAUGCUGCAUCAUCCGGAUGCGGCGACUGCCGUGCAGGAGGAACUGGACCAGGUGGUGGGCAAAUCGAGGAUGCCCGCCUUGGAAGAUCUACCUUUCCUUCCGAUAACAGAGGCGACGAUACUCGAGGUCCUUAGACGAUCGAGCAUAGUCCCUUUGGGAACCACUCACUCAACGACCAGAGACGUGACGUUGCACGGUUACACGAUACCGGCGGGAUCUCAGGUGGUGCCGUUGUUGCACGCGGUGCACAUGGAUCCGGAACUGUGGGACGAGCCGGAGGUGUUUCGACCGAGUCGGUUCCUCUCGGCCGAAGGUAAAGUCCAGAAACCGGAAUACUUUAUGCCGUUCGGCGUCGGCAGACGCAUGUGCCUGGGCGAUGUGCUGGCGCGCAUGGAGCUGUUCUUGUUCUUUAGCUCGUUGAUGCACACGUUCGAGCUGCGAUCGCCGCAGGGCUCGUCCUUGCCGAGCUUGCGCGGUAACGUCGGCGUCACCGUCACUCCGGACCCGUUCAAUGUUUGCUUGGUGCCGAGGAAUCUCGAUCUGAUCGAGGAUACGAGCAACGACACGAUCGGCUCUGGCGCCAUUCUGCGGAACGUCGGCAGCCACUGAGUUUCCUGGUUCUUCGAACGCUCCAACGAUCGAUCGACGGAGCACGGUAAUCGUUCCUAACGAGACCGACACCGAGACCUGGCUCCACUUGGCCCGACUCGAUUCGAAAACCGAUUCCAAAUCCGAGUUAGCCCCUUCGGGGACGAUGUUGCCGUAGUUUGUCGAUGACCUUUUUUUUCUUUUUUUUCGUGCUCUCUCUGAUAAAGAUCAAGUAACAAAGUUAGAGCCGAAAGUUUGAAGCUGAAAGUUUUCAAAAUUAAGCGACGUGUAAUCUUAGAUUCUAAUGUUUAGAAGACGAGCAAGUUGGACAGUCGUUUCUGAAAGGGUCAAUUCGAUUUCAUUCAGUUAAUACACUCUCUCUGUCACAGCGUUUCUUAAUCUGUGCGGUCCUCGGUAACUGAAGAAAAAAGCGCGUGUUGGAGGCGCGUGAUAAUAGCAACAAAAAGGGUUAUUUAUUAACGGGGAAUCGAACCGUGGUUAAGAAACGCUGCUUCGUCGGAUUGUUUCAAGCGAAUUUUUCCACGCGGCUCGAACGCAGUUUUGUUCAUCGUUUUUUAUUGUCGUGGCAAAAGGCAACGAUUAAGAAAACCAGUUUGUCGAUAUGAAGAAUCGAACAACAGAUCUCCAGCGAAGAAAGUUUGAGGAUAAAGUCACUCGAGUGCACGAGUGAUGUGAUAGGGAACGUGUUCGAUCUUUGUCCAUGCUUAAUCCUCAAGUGCUGUCGAAACGCCGAAAUUUGAAACAUCUCGCAGAUCGUGGAGUAAGUAUCAAAAUCCAAUCUUCCACGCUCUAUAUUAUUAACCCUUAAUCGAUAUCGUCGAAUGUUUGGUCGACGGAAAUUCCGAUCAAAUUAAUUAAUUUUGGAAUUUUUGAAAUCCCGUCGAACUUUAUUUUAAUUGAAUACUUAAUUGCAAAGGAGAACUUAAAAUACAAAAGUGCAACAGCAAUACAAGUAUACAAGAUUAACAGUAAUACAAGAUUCUAGUAACUUGACAAAAAUUACUGCACCAGUGAUUAUUACUGCUACAAUCUAACGAUACCGAUUUAAGGGUUAAUGAUAAAAAUACUCAGUCGGAGAUAUUCGGUGCUCAUAGUGCUUAAGGGUUAAACCAUCCCAGCGAGGUUUUUCUUACUUCAGUACUUUCAUCCUCCUCCCCAUCUCUUCAUUCCCAGUUUCCGUUAUUUAAUUUCGUCCCCUCCCAAAUGUGCCUGCUAGCCAAGCGGCAACAUUUCGCCCCUUAUUUAUUCGCAUUUAGUCAUUAGCGUUAACAUUAACAUUAGCAGAACGUGUGCGCAGUAUGUCGGGACAGAGUCGUGUGUACGCGGUUGAAUGAACGUUUCGGGAUGUUCCGCGUGUACAUAUUCAAUCGACACAGACGAGCAAGAGAGAAAGAAAGAAACGUAAUAUAACGAGAAUUGGACAACGACGAUCCCGUCAAUCGUGAUAAUGAUCUGUUGUCUUGACGCAGUCUCGGACGCCGCAAGAGACAAAAGACUAGUAGAUAGUAACCGAUAAGAAGAGGAGCAAUUCUUUUUAGUAACGGUACACAUUAUAGGAGAUAAGUGGUAGUGGUAGUGGUAGUAGUUAGCAAUAGGGAUAUUAGGCAGAAGCAGCAGCGGCGAAACGGUAGUGAAGGCAAUCGUAGUUGUAAUGGUAAAAAAAAAAGAAGAAAAAAAAAAAAAACAGUAACGACAUCGACGAUAGCGAUAACGGAGGGGGGAAAAAGAAAUGCUAGAAAUUCGAAAGAAUUUCGUGUUGAACGAACGAGUGAGGU